UUUUGUUCAGUACAUUUCCUCAUUGUCAGUUACUUAUGUGUCAGCCAUUAUGUGCGACAUGCACCAUUGUAAUCUCAUUUUCGUUGUUUAAAGUUUUCGAAUUGAAAGUUUAUGGUUCUGUAAACCUUAAAGUGGGUUAAAUGAGUUUGUAGGCUUACAGCUGAGAGGGUUUGGAUUGGACACGUACAUGAGGGAGGAAACGUUACGUGUUGAAAAACUGAACUUUGAUUUGACUCAUAAGUAAGUACGUGGAUAGGCAUGGAUGUUACGGAGUGAAACACGGGGCUUAAGGGCCAGCCUUGGGGAGCAUGGACUCACCAGAUGGAGGAAGCUCGGGUUUAGCUUUAGAUCCAGGAGGAAAAGAAUCCAAACUAAAUGGCAAAGCUGAGUCAACAGCAGAUACGCCAUUUGGAAGGCAGCUCAGUGAACCAGGUCGAUUUGCCUACGCCGCAUUGUGUGGUGUGUCUCUCAGUCACCUUUUCCCAGGAACAGAACAAAGGUCGUUUCGGGAGCAGUAUCUGGAAGGCUUAGUGCAAUGGCUGGGUCUUGACGAGUCGGUCAUGCCAGUUAUGCAGGCCUUCCUGGCUGGACUUGGGUGUGAAGGCAGUGACACCUUCCUGUCUAUUCUUCAGGCAGAGCUGCUACUCAGCACUGGAUCUUUGCCUAUUACGCAGGAUCUUGUUUCCUUCUCGGUCAAAGAUGGUGAGUAUGAUGCCAGGGCUCGCGUCCUGAUCCGACAUGUCAGCUGCCUACUGCGUGUGUGUCCUCAGCAGCUUGAAGAUUUUGAGGAGACGCUCGGAGAGCGUUUGAGACAGGGAGAGGAGGAGAGCGAAGAAGAGUCAUCAAGAAGAAGGAAGAAAGAAAGAGGGCGUGCACUGCGGCGUUACUUGCUGAUAGGUCUUGCCACUGUUGGUGGGGGUACAGUACUGGGUGUGACGGGGGGUCUGGCUGCACCUUUAGUGGCUGCGGGAGCAGGUGCAGUGUUGGGUGCAGGAGGAGCUGCUGUUCUGGGCUCAGCUGCUGGUAUUGCCAUCAUGGCCUCCUUGUUUGGUGCUGCAGGAGCUGGAUUAACUGGUUAUAAGAUGAACAAACGAGUGGGUGCAAUUGAGGAAUUUGAGUUCCUUCCUUUGAACUCAGGGAAGCACCUUCACGUGACUGUGACUGUAACAGGAUGGCUGUGCAGUGGCAAAUACAGUUCCUUUCAGGCUCCAUGGUGCAGUCUGGGUGCCUGUGGAGAGCAGUACUGUUUGAAGUGGGAGUCCCGCUACCUACUGGAUCUGGGCUCUGUCCUGGACACACUGUGGGAUGGGCUGGUCAGCGUUGUGGCCCAGGAGGCCCUUAAAUACACAGUGCUGUCAGGCAUCGUUACUGCGCUCACCUGGCCCGCGUCUCUGCUGGCGGUGGCGAGCGUGAUUGAUAACCCAUGGGGAGUAUGUCUAAGUCGCUCAGCAGAGGUGGGAAAGCAUCUGGCGCAGGUGCUCCGGAGCAGGCAACAGGGCAAACGGCCUGUCAGUCUGAUUGGUUUUAGCCUUGGAGCUAGAGUGAUCUAUUUCUGUCUGGAAGAACUUGCCAAUGAUCAAGGUAGUGAAGGUGUCAUAGAGGAUGUCGUUCUGCUCGGAGCGCCUGUGGACGGAUCAGAGAAAACGUGGGACAGGCUCUCGAAGGUUGUUGCUGGGAAGAUUGUCAAUGGUUAUUGCAGGUUAGGAGAAGACAUGUUGCAUUUAUACCUAUAUUUCAAGAAUACAUUGGAAUUGAUGGGGUUUUUUUCUCUUUUUUUUUUUAGGGGAGAUUGGCUUCUUGGAUUUGUGUAUAGAAGUUCAUCUGUUCAGCUGUCUGUGGCAGGGCUACAGCCGAUCAGCUCAAAUAAUCGCCGCAUAUUUAAUGUGGAUCUGUCUUCUGUGGUCAAAGGUCACUUGGACUACAUGCGUCAGAUGGACACUAUCCUUGUAGCAGUUGGCAUUCCUACCAAGGAGGGAGUUGAAACUACACCUGGCCAUUCUCACUCAGUGAUGUUAAGUGAGGGGAAGCUGGACACUCCAGAGGCUCAGACCUUCAAAGAGAAUGGACAACAUGAGGAAAACCUUAUAGAGGCUUCAAACAAAAGUGAGGAGACUAACGUGAAGAAUGAAUUAACAGAGACUGAAAGAGAAGAACAAUGUGCUGGGAGAGCGCAGGAAAACGGCUGGGAUAUUCCAGACAUAUCUGACUUGCUAGACUCAUUAAGUGUCUCAGAGUCUGAGCAAAAGGACAGCAGUUUUUUCACUUGCACUGAGAGCUUUGCAAGGUCAGACCAUCAGUGCACACAGGAGGGUCAAAGUGACACAGACAGUGAGUUCAUUUCCUGGGAAUGGGACACCAAUCACUGGACUACAGAACAUACGAUCACACACCACUCUAAAAGUACUGAAUGUCCCACGCAGAAUCAAGUAGCCAAAGGCAAACAGCCUUGUUCUGCAACACUGCCUACACACUCGCUUAAAAGCCCGGUCACAGAACACACAACAACAGAGCACAUGGAUUCAGAUGAGAUUAAAGGUUAAAUCAGUGCCUCAUGGUCCUUCUACUGGAGUACCAAUAUGCUGCUGUUUAGUGCUUUUUUGCUGUUAAACACCUGAUACAUCUUGACUGCUAAUUAUAAAAGCUUUGAUUCAAGAGUUGAUUCAAGUGUGUUAUAGCAAUAAAAAACAUAAAAGUAAAUGAAACAGUGGUGCAUACUGGAAUAAAACAAACUGGAAUUUUAUUUGGAAGCUGAAAUUUCUUUAAACUUGUCUCAAUUAAUGGAAAAUCAUUUUUAUGUUAAUUUCUGACACUGAAGUAGAUACAGUUCAUUUUGUGCAAACUCCAUUCUGGAAAUUAGGGCUGCACCAUGUAUUGUUUGUUAAUCAUAUAACAACACUGCUAUUUAAUUAGCCUGAAACAUUAAAAUGAGCCCAUUGUGUACUGUGAACCUUCUGACCAAUCAUAGAGAUCAUAGAGAUUCAAGAUAUGUUUUCUUUGUGUUCAUCAAUUUACAUAUGCUGUUUUUCUUCAUGCAGAUUUAGUCGAAAUUGUCUAAACCGUUUCCUGAAAACCAGCGUAAAGUCUUAAUUAAAAAACGUAUGGUUUAACAACAA